AUGGCAGCUACAAUGCAGGCUGCAAACCGGCUCCAGUCCGUCCUCAAGGCAGGGAAGACAGCAUACGGUGUCUGGCAGAUGUUCCCUGGCGCCAACCUCUCCCGGGUAAUGGCGAGAUGCGGAUUUGACUGGGUUCUCGUUGAUACAGAGCAUGGCAACAUCGAUGAUGCCCAAAUGCAUGAAGCGGUAGGAGCCAUUGCGGCUACGGGAGUCAGCCCUGUUGUUAGGAUUGCGGCCAACGAGGGGUGGAUGGUCAAGCGUAUGUUCAUGGUUAAUACUGCGUUUAGCACGGGAAUGGGUACUGAUGGUGAGAUAGGCGCACUUGAUGCUGGGGCUCAUGGAAUACUUGUUCCACUGCUCGAGACGGCGGAUGAUGCAAGGAAACUGGUCCAGUCGGCCAAGUUUCCUCCAGUAGGGAAGAGAGGGUUUGGUGCCCCGUUUGCAAUGGGUUCAAUUGGCAAUGUGUCGCCGAUAGAAUAUCUACAGCAUGCGAAUGACGCUUUAAUAACAGCUGUGCAGAUAGAGACUAAGUCUGCCCUUGACAAUGUCGAAGAGAUUGCCCGAGUACCUGGAGUCGAUGUCCUCUUGGUCGGGCCAUGGGAUCUUGGAAAUAACAUUGGCCGACCCGUGGUCACCGCCGAGUUCCAUCCUGACCUUGAGGUCGCUAUCGAGAGAAUCCGUAGAGCCGCGACAGACAAUGGGAAGAAAGCAGGCAUAUACUGUCCGUCUGGGGAGUUCGCGAAGAAGUACAUUGACCAGGGAUUCCACAUGGUGAGACCUGCCUUUUCCUUUUUGUUCCUUGCUUCAGCUUCAUGCUGUCACCAUUUGCUGAUUCGGUUUCGAGUACCAUAG